GUUUUCACAUUAUUCUAAUGUAAAUAGAUUGGACAGUACAAAUCAAUGGCAAGUUACGGCUCAUUAGCGCUCAAGCACGAUUCAUUUGAAGCUUUGAAUGCGGUCAGUGAACUUCCAAAGGAGAUGAUUGCAAAACUCAAAUUUUAUUCUUCUGAGAAAAUGUUCGCAUCAAUUGAGAAAAUGAUACAAGAAGCAAGAAUAGCUAGAGGAGACAUUGAGAAGCAGUACACGUUAUAUUAUCGCUGCGCUCAACUGUCCGAUCUGAUUAGAAAACGUAGCGACUUCGAAAAGUUCAAGGCAGAUCAUGGUCCUAUAUUUGGCCUCCGAUUCAAAGAAUCUCUUGAUGAAGCCGAUAAUCUGAAGGCCAUUCUCAACAAGAAGUACGAAGAAAAGAUGCUCAGAUCUUCCCAAGCUGCCGCCGCCGCAGAGAUUCGAGCUCCAAAAGCGGUAGCGGAUGAGAAUGUUCCCGAUCAAGUAACUCGCCUUGCCUCGAGUGUCUUGAUAAGUCCGAAGGAGUUGGUGCGUAUGGUAGAACAAGCGCAACCGAAGAAGACUGCCGUAAUUGUCGAUUAUCGAAAGGACAAGUCGGAACUGAUCAACUACAAAAACGAUCACGUUAUCACCGUCGUCAAAGUCCCGUUCGAUCUCAUCACCCACGGGUUGAUCUUUGCGUCACUGCGAAAUCAGCUCGAAGUCGGACAGCGUCCACUCCUACACCGUAUCGGCUCUUGCGACCUUGUCGUGUUGAUGGGAGAUACGAGUAUUGAGCUGAGGAACGGUCAUCCGGUCCAUGGCUCACCGGCACAUCUGUUGUCUUUGGCUUUGUAUGAGUACAACCAUGACAAUCAUCCGAAGGCUCGACCGCUGUUCAUGGAUGGCGGUUUUGACAACUGGCGUGAUCAGUAUCCUAUGUACACCAAGAUUGACGGAACUUUGAAGAGGCUUGAACCUAGAGAUCAGCUUGAUCAUAUGGUCAGCAACUACAAGAAAGCUUGCUUGAUGCUGGAUUAUCCGGAUUUAUCUCCUCAAAAGCCACGUCCGCAAGAACCUCCACGUCUUCCUCCUCAUGCUAAUGGUGCACCUAAAGUCAACGGUUUUGCCGAAACUCCAAAUCAUUUGAUCAAGCCGGAGCCCAAGGGAAAGCCUGAAGUUGUGAAUGGAGCGAAACCGAAACAAGUUGAGACAACCUUUUCUGCAAGUAACUCCGCCAUCUCUACAGCAUCCAUAAGAAAGGGUGAAGUUUCACCAGUACCUCGUCCGAAUGAUGUGCCACGACCAGAAGUAGAAGAACGAAUCACUGCGACUAUAGUCGCUCCUGCUGCGGCGCAACCACCGCCACCACCCCAGAAACCUGCGGGCAUCUCUGCGAAUGCUGCUCCGUUACCGAAUAUACCUCCAAGACCAUCUCAUAUGCGUUCUCCGCCACCUGAGCAUGGUGAUGGUCCACCCGUUGCAUCUGGAUUCCAUCCUUCUGUAACUGUUGGACCAACUCCUCCUCCUCGUCUUCCGAUGGUGGAUCGCUCAAAUAAACCUCAAGUCACGGAAGAAUUCACUGCCCACAUCAUCAAGCCAGAUUCUGCUCAAACGCGUCAUGCAGCGAAAACUAAUGCUCUACAACCUCGUCUUCCGCUUCCUGAUCGUAGCACUAAACCUGUGUUGAUGAGUAUCGACCAGGGACAGCAGUUGUUAGAUAUUUAUAAUAGUAUGUUUGUCUCCACGUCUACCGAGGGUAGCUCAAGCCGGCGUGGGAACCCGCGUCCCGGUUGUACUGGUCUAUAUAACAUGGGUAACACUUGUUUCAUGAAUGCAACUUUACAGGCUUUGUUUCAUACUCCAUAUAUGCUUACCAUCUUUUCAAAAGAAAAUUUCAUGUCACGUGUCAAUCCGCAUAAUAAAAUGGGUACCAGUGGUGUUAUUUCGGCAGUGUUCAGUGCUAUGAUGGAUGUGAUCUGGAGCGGGCAAUACACUGCCAUAAAACCGCAACGCUUUCUUCAGUUGUUUGCAAGUGAGGUAAAUGGCUGCCUUGCUGAUGGCCACCAGCAUGAUGCAUCCGAGUUCCAGCUAUUUCUUUUAGACGCUCUCCAUGAGGACACCAAUCAGGUGACCAAAAGGGUGUCGUUUGAACAGAACUACAAGGGUGGUUCUCAUAUAUUAAACGACGCUAAAGAUUACGAGAAGAAGAGUCGGUUAUUUUCCUGCUCACCCGUGAACAAAAUAUUUAAUCUACAAACCGUCUCUGAAUUGUCAUGCUCUGCAUGCGGUGAACAGUCGGCGACAUUUGAGGAAGCUAGUUUCAUCUCAGUCGAGUUACCCGUUCAUGCAACGCGCACUAGUUUGCAGCAGUGCCUCAGUAGUCAUUUCUCACAAACGAUCUUGGACGGCGACUGUAGGUGGAAUUGCCCAAGGUGUCGUGCACCUAAGCGAGCGUCAAGGAUGACAAAACUGUGGUCUUUGCCUCCAGUUGUUGUAGUCCAUCUAAAACGAUUUUCCAUGGAAAAUGGCGAUUAUGCAAAGAACACGAUGCCCGUAGAUUUUGAUCCUAGCCGACUCGAUCUUUCCGAAUAUUUACAUGAAAAUUCCCCAGAAAUAGCAGAACCUUAUCGAUUAUAUGCUGUAACGAAUCAUUAUGGUCGACUGAAUAGCGGUCACUAUACAGCGUUAGUUUGUCAUUCAACGACGGGAGACUGGUUAAAAUUUGAUGAUGAGAGUGUUUCGUCUUCAUCCGCUAAUGGAAUUAAUACAUCCGAGGCGUAUAUGUUAUACUACAAACGAGCGUGAUCACUGGUGACUGUGAUAAAUGUAUAAAAGAUAUAAUAGGAAAUUUAUUUAAAUAAAUAUUCGCUGAUGAUCUAAA